CGAGGGGCGGGGCCUGUGGGCGGCCGUGGCGUGAGGCGGCGGCAGCGCCAUGUCGAUGGAGGACCCCUUCUUCGUGGUGAAGGGGGAGGUGCAGAAAGCCGUGAACACUGCCCAGGGGCUCUUCCAGAGGUGGACAGAGCUCUUGCAGGAUCCCUCCAUCGCCACGAGAGAAGAAAUCGACUGGACCACAAAUGAGCUCAGGAACAACCUGCGGAGCAUUGAGUGGGACCUGGAAGACCUGGAUGAAACGAUUAGCAUUGUUGAGGCAAACCCGCGGAAAUUCAACCUCGAUGCGACGGAGCUGGGCAUCAGGAAAGCCUUCAUCACCAGCACACGGCAGGUGGUCAGGGAUAUGAAGGAUCAGAUGUCCAACUCCUCCAUGCAAGCGCUGGCUGAAAGAAAAAACAGGCAGGCACUCCUGGGAGACAGUGGGAGUCAGAGUUGGAGCUCUGGACCUGACAAAUACAGCCGUCUGGACCGGGAGCUGCAAUUAGCAAAUUCACACUUCAUCGAGGAGCAGCAAGCACAACAACAGUUGAUUGUGGAGCAGCAAGAUGAGCAGUUGGAGCUGGUCUCUGGCAGCAUCGGGGUGCUGAAGAACAUGUCCCAGCGCAUUGGCGGGGAGCUGGAGGAGCAAGCAGUGAUGCUGGAUGACUUCUCCCACGAGUUAGACAGCACUCAGUCGCGGCUUGAUAACGUCAUGAAGAAGCUCGCCAAAGUGUCUCACAUGACGAGUGAUCGACGGCAGUGGUGUGCAAUUAUCGUCCUCUUCAUCAUCUUACUGGUGGUGCUCAUCCUGUUCCUUGUCCUGUGACGGACUGAACUUCCUUGGACGCCCCCUCCCCGCCCCCUCGCCCCGGCAGCACGGGGAAAUGAAACUCUCACUGUUUCCGUCCGCCCACAGAGAUCCCCGGCAAGACAACCCGCACCCAGCUCUCACCAUCCUCCUCCGAGGACUGCGGCUCAGCUUUGCCGGCGUCUCACCUGGCCCCGGGGAGAGGGGCUGGAGGACUGGAGCUGCCUCCUCCCCUGGUGCGGUGUGAUCUGGACCUGAGCUCCAGGUCUGGACCCGGGGAGCUGGAGGGGGACUCAAGCCGUGCGUUUCCACCCGGUGCAGGUAGGAGCUGGUCACGGCGGUCCCGAGCCGCCUGCGGUGGAAUGCGGACACAGAGCAGCGAGCCCUGGGGAGGACGGGACAGGGAGGAGGAAUUAAUGAAUUCACUGAGCAUUACAAACCGCACCAGCCACGAACGUUACC